AAAUAAGCUAUUCCUGCGGUUCAAAGUGUUCGCAACCAUCGACGCAUUUGGGCGAAUUAGAGACAUUCCUACGGUGAACACGUUGGGACGGGAAAUGUAAUUAAAGACAACAAAGUUACAAAGUUGAAAAACGGGUCAUAAAUAUACUAGAGUGCAUUGUGGUAACAAACCAAAACAUACUCGUAUAGCACUCUGAAAAAAAUAGAACAAUUUUCAGUACAAGAAAGUUCAUUAGAGUCAAAGAACGUCCUUGCUGCCGCCGCUGCUAUUGGGCAAAAUGAAUUUGCAUUAUCCUAGCUGGUUUGGAUUGGGCCUCGUGUCACUUAUGCUGUUUUGCUGGAUAAACUCCUCGGUGGCAUUUCCCUCACUGGUGAUGCCUCGUUUGCACAGAUCCACUGAAAACGAGCUGAGUGCACAACAAAACCGAAAUAUGGGCUUUCCCCAGAUUGAUGAUGAUGUUCUCGAGUUGGAGCACUUGCGUGAAGUUCAUCCAGAGGAAUCUCUUGGUUACAAUCAUCAACAAAAAUCCGAGCCACUUAUAGCUGAGGAACCUCAGUCCUUGGUAAUGGACGACGAAACACUUCCGGAACUGGAGCAACAACUUGAAUCCGCUACACCUCAGCUUCAAAGCACUCAGGGCCCACCACAAAUGCCGGCUGAAAGUGCCGCCGAAACUCCACCAGAAUCAUUAGGCGGCGGUGAGCAAUCUAAAUCGACAGGAGCUCAUCGCCCACCUACUUUGCAGAGCAACGACGGUGGUAAAGCCGAAACAAAUGUUGAAAAGCCAAAAGCUAAGUGCCGGUUGGGUUUGCACGGAGCUGCACGUCUAGUUUAUGGCCAGAAUCCUGUUCUUCCAAAUACAACGGCAACUUCCACUGUGGCCGCGACAACAACCAAGCCUAGUACAACUUCAACAACGCCUCCACCACUUCCUCCUCCGGAGGAAUCACCAAGAGAAGAGAGUGAUGAAAGCGAUAAUGAUGCAGAUGCAUCGGCAGAGACAGCAGAGCCCGUUGAACCUAGCGAGAAAGUUGAUGUUGCAGAAACCGCCGAAAAGGUCGAACAACCAGCGGUAGAAACGCCGGAUGUAGCUAAUCAACCUUCACAAGAAGUUGAGGUGGCCACUGAACCUGCUGCGCCUGCUGUUGUUCCUGAGACGCCUAUUACAGUCGCAACCACACAGGCACCUGCCAAAGUCUACACAUACAGACCAAUGAGGACAACCAAGAAACCGCUGCGAGAAGAGGAACCGGAAAGGCAAGUAAUCGGUGACGUUAUAAUAGAUGAGGAAUCGGCACUGCGCAAAUCAACUUCUCGGCGAUCUGUGACCCAUAUGGCUCCCAAGACUGCCGAAAGCCUGCUGCGACACGGCAAUGGACAGUACUCGUCCUUUGAUAUGGCGCAAUAUGUCUUCUGGACCGGAGAUGAGGCAGGUGUCGCCCGCGCUGUAGAGGAGUUGAUCCAGCAGGAUAUGAUGAGCCGAGAGGAUGCCCUCAAGUUCUUACAUGAAAUACGAGUUGGAAUUGAAUAUCUGCAAAAGUCCUAUGCGAAUCGUAUAUUCCCUGAAGAAAUCCGUCACAACACAGUCAAGAAGAGUUUUUCGCUCAAGCCGUCCACAACGUCGUCGACCACUACAACGACUACCACGAGCACCACCACUACCACGGCUAAGCCCACUCUACACUAUUUAAAUUUCGAACAAAGUCUGGAAGAUCCAGAGAAUUUGAAUUUAGCUAAAGCAUUGGAUAGCAUUGCUGUGUGGCACAAGCUUCAGGCCAUGAACAAUAAUCAAGUAACACAAGAUUCCCCGGAUGAUGAAACCGAAUCCCGACGCACCAAAAUAGCAGAUUGUGACCACAAGGAGUAUAACUUGGAGGAGAUAAUAUACAAAUUGGCAAGGAUUAUGUUCACGGAAUCACUCACACAUGGUGAUGAGGCGCAAAGGGAAAUAAAGAAAUUGAUGGAUUUCUUUGAACGUGAACACGAACUAGGGGUAAUACCUUUGGACUUGGAGCAAAAAGUUAUACAUGUCCUUUUGCAAGCUCUGUCAGAUACAUUGACCGAGAAGCCGGAACUCUGGCCAGCAGCACAAUAUCCCUACAAUCGUUUGCUGCGCUCAUAUGCCCAAACAAACUAUAUGAGACCUAGUUCAACAAAUGUUUAAACUAUGCCACAUUCUUAAACAUCUGACUACUCCAACAUCGUAAAAAGAAAAGCUUAUCCAAAACUUAUUAUUAACAAUUUCGAAUAUUUAUAAACAAAGAGAAAACACCGACUCACCUAACUACGUACUCCUAUAUAAAAAUAUAAAAAACAUUUAUAGUAUUCACAAUAGCAAGUUAACGAUAACAAACUAACCAAAGCAUUCACAAUUUUGUAUUCAAAUGAAUUCUCGUGACACAAAACCAAAAUUUCGAUACAAAAAGUAAAAAAACAAAACAAAAAAAUAAAUAAAUAAACACAUUGAUAUCGUCCAUAGAGAAAUUCUGUCCCGCAGAAGAAAUGAAAGUUCGAAGUCAUCACCUGCAAUCAAUCAAAAUCUUAGGCGACAGCAGCAAAAUUGCAUUCAUUCAACAUAGCUUUCUUCGAAACGGCUCAGCAGAUGAGCGCAGCGUUAAUCAAACGUAGCUAAGAGCUCUGAUCAAUCACAAAAAUAAUUGAUUCAAUCACCGCAGCCUAACAACAAGUAAACAUUUAAUCAAAACGGCUUAGGGAUGAAAUCGAUACGGCUUUUCUCUUCCCUACAGCUGAAGUGGGUACUUGCUUAACGUGUAACCUUCCCUUCGUAGAAUAUGAGGGUCAUACAAAAGACAGUGUAUCAAAUGCACGAGUCUAACUCUUUGCUUUUCGUCGAGAUCCUGUGAACAUUUGGAAUAUAUGUAGAAUUUUUCCUUUACAUUUAUAUUUACAUACAUAUAUUAUAAAAUAAUAUAUCUAAAUAUUUGUAUAAAAUAUGAAAACAAGCAUUGCACCUUGAGGGAAUGUUUUCAAAACAUUCCCUCCCGUUUGCUUUUAGUCCAUCUAUAGCUUACAUUGUAAUCAUCGUCCUCCUCAUGUUUUAAGUUGCCAGAAAUUUAUUGUGAGCAACGAUAUUGCUCCCUUUCCCCUUAGAAAGAUACACCCUCCAUCAAUGCAUGUGCGAGGAUAGUGAAACCUUACUCACUUAAUGCUCUAUCACACUACAUGUUCUUGUCUUAUGACAUGUCAAAAUUGCCAAUUUACAUACGAUUCAUAAUUUUUGCUAUCACUUAAAAAUGUGAGCAAAAGCUGAUAUUUUAUGGCUUAAAAUUUUUAAAUUUGUUAAAAACAAUUUAAUUUGGGGUCGCUUUCAUUCUACUUACAAAAAAACAGCCGAUUUUUUAUGUUUUUGUCUAAUGGAUUGAAAAGUGAUUUUCAUGUGUUAUUUUUACUCGCAUCACACCACACUAUGUGUGUGUGUAACUUUAGCAAUAGCAAAAUGUGACAUGUCAUAAGACAAGAACAUGUAGUGAGAUGGGACCUUUACCUAGCAGGUGUUGUUUAAUGUAAAUCUAAAAGAAACCAAACAACAAGAAAAACCAGAGCAAAAUUAAAAAAAUUCCAGGAAUUUUUUUCAAUGUCAGACUUAAUGUUAUGAGCUUUACAUGUAUGUAUGUACGAUGUAUAUUGUAUAAAAAUAUUAAAAAAAAAACUUUAAAUGCCUAAUUUAGAAAAAUUAGGCCCACGUGUGUGUGCCAGCAGCAUCAAUGGACUGUACAUAUAACGAUAAAUAAUAUACCGAGGUUUAAUUGUAAUCGCCUGUAUUUUGCAUUGUUAGUUAGAGACACGUAUGGACCAUAGAGGAGCACCUGAUUUAUUGAUACUACCCAUAGUAUUGUACGCUGGUCCAAAACAUGUUUUAUUUCUACGAACUUUUGUUUAAUUUUUUUAGUGCACUCGAGUCUUUUUGUUUUAAUUGUUUAAAUGCAUCAACUAAUCAUGCAAGUCAUAAUAAAUACAAUAAAUACACACUCUUUAGUUCAGUUCAAGACCAACAAA